UUUCUCGAACAGUGGUCUCUACCAACCACCGCUGCUCUCGCCGCUGAAUCCUUAACGUGCCAUUUUAUUACUAAUGGUCAUAUCUGGAAAUCAAAAUGUCAUCGAUAUACGGGACAGUAUCGCGUUUCUGAGGAUGCCAGCGGUGGAUAUUCACGCGGGUUUCGCCGGAGCAGUGCUGAUUUUGGCCAGUGAAGCUUCCUUGUAGUGAAUCGGAUGAUUGGAGCAGCUGUGCGCUCGCGCUUAGAUUGCAGCUGUCAUUGAUAUUGCACAGUGACCACAGGUGAAGAUGAUGUGCGAAGUGAUGCCCACGAUCAGCGAGGACACGGCGAUGAGCCAGCGUGGCUCCCAGAGCAGCGCCUCCGACCCUGACUCGCAUUUUGAGCAGUUGAUGGUCAACAUGCUUGACGAGAGAGACCGGCUGCUGGACACCCUGAGAGAGACACAAGAAAGCCUGGCCCUCGCCCAGCAGCACCUGCAGGACGUCAUCUAUGACCGGGACUCACUGCAGCGUCAGCUCAGCUCCGCACUGCCUCAGGAGUUUGCCGCCCUGACGAAAGAGUUGAACGCCUGCAGGGAACAGCUGCUGGAGAAGGAGGAGGAGAUUUCAGAGCUGAAGGCCGAAAGGAACAACACCAGACUGCUAUUGGAACAUUUGGAGUGUUUGGUUUCGAGGCAUGAACGUUCUCUACGCAUGACGGUGGUGAAACGACAAGCUCAGUCUCCUUCUGGGGUCUCCAGUGAGGUGGAGGUCCUCAAAGCCCUUAAGUCCCUCUUUGAGCACCACAAAGCACUGGAUGAGAAGGUACGAGAGAGAUUGCGGGUGUCACUAGAGAGGGUUUCUGCCUUGGAGGAGGAGUUGACCGCAGCCAAUCAGGAGAUUGUGGCCUUAAGAGAGCAGAAUGCACACAUUCAGAGGAAGGUGGCAUCAGGAGAAGGGGCCGAGGACUUGUUGGAGGGAACCGAUGCUCAGAAAGUUCAUGGCAAGCGGUUGUCUAACGGCUCGAUGGAGUCGGGGGACGAGGCCAGUCAGGUGGUGGAGCUGCAGGAGCUGCUGGAGAAGCAGAACUACGAGCUGGCGCAGAUGAAGGAGCGCAUGUCCUCGCUGUCCUCCCGUGUGUCCGAGGUGGAGCAGGAGCUGGAGACGGCUCGCAAAGACCUCAUCAAGAGCGAAGACAUGAACAACAAGUUCCAGAGAGAUAUUAAAGAGGCUAUGUGUCAGAAAGAAGACAUGGAGGAACGAAUCGUGACUCUUGAGAAGCGCUAUCUCAGUGCCCAGAGAGAGUCCACAUCACUACAUGACAUCACAGACAAGCUGGAAAACGAACUGGCCAAUAAGGAGGCGUUCCUCAGACAGAUGGAGGAGAAGAACAGGCAGUUACAGGAACGGCUGGAGUUGGCGGAACAGAAGCUCCAGCAGACCAUGAGGAAAGCUGAGACUCUGCCUGAAGUCGAGGCUGAGCUAGCACAGAGGAUAGCAGCUCUCACCAAGUCUGAUAUGGAAGCUAAACUCCAGGACAUGAACUGCAGUCUGAGGAAGGCGGAGGAGAGACACGGCAGUAUCGAGGAGCGUAUGAGACAUUUAGAGGGACAGCUGGAGGAGAAGAACCAGGAACUGCUCAGGGCUCGGCAGAGAGAGAAGAUGAAUGAGGAACACAACAAGCGUCUGUCGGACACUGUGGACAGACUCUUGACAGAGUCGAAUGAGCGUUUACAGCUUCACCUGAAAGAGAGAAUGGCCGCUCUUGAGGAUAAGAAUGUGUUAAUACAAGACUCUGAUAACUACAGGAAGCAGUUAGAAGACUCCAUACAGGAAAAGUCUCAUCUCUCGGAGGAGAUCGAGAAACUGAGAUCUGAACUGGAUCAGUACCGAUUGAGGGCCGGAUCCCUUACUGAGCCCACACUGUCACGGUCUCAUCUGGACGCAUCUGGAGAUCUGCGUUUCUCUCUGGGUUCUCUUGCCGAGACGCAAUCUGACCAUUAUCGCUCCACCAAGGUGAUCCGCAGACCCAGGAGAGGACGCAUGGGGCUACCUAGGGACGAACAGAAGGCUAAGUCUCUGGGAGAGCACGAAUGGCGCUCUCAGCAACUUGGCGUUCUGGGCGGCCACCCGUUCGAGAGCGACACGGAGAUGUCGGAUAUUGAUGACGAUGACAGGGAGACCCUUUUCAGUUCGAUGGAUUUACUGUCUCCUGGAGGACAUUCAGAUGCUCAGACUCUGGCAAUGAUGCUGCAAGAACAACUAGAUGCCAUCAAUAAAGAGAUCCGGCUGAUCCAGGAAGAGAAGGAGUCAACAGAACUGAGGGCAGAGGAAAUCGAGAACCGCGUGGCCAGCGUGAGCCUGGAGGGGCUGAACCUGGCACGCAUGCACCAUCCCGGAGCCUCCAUCACUGCCUCGGCCACCGCAUCCUCCCUCGCCUCCUCCUCCCCUCCCAGCGGACACUCCACCCCCAAACUCACCCCGCGCAGCCCUGCCCGCGACAUGGAGCGCAUGGGGGUCAUGACACUGCCCAGUGACUUGCGGAAACACAGGAGAAAGAUCGCAGCGGUGGACGAGGACGGUCGAGAGGACAAGGCCACCAUCAAAUGCGAGACCUCGCCACCUCCCACACCUCGCCAUGUGCGCAUGACCCACACCUCGCUGCCUGCUUCUUCGCACAAUGACGCACGCCUGACAGCUGCAUUAGAGACGGAGGCCAGUGCUCUGAGCAGUGUAGCCAGCAGUCAAGACUCCCUCCAUAAACAGCCAAAGAAGAAGGGCAUCAAGUCCUCCAUCGGACGUCUGUUUGGGAAGAAAGAGAAGGCCAGACUGGGGCAGCUGGGGAAAGAGAUGAUGGGACCAGGACAAGGGAAUGUAUCCGAUCCUGAGCUUCUAGGUCAGGACAUUACGGUGGGAAAGCUGGGAACACAGGCAGAGAAAGAUCGCAGACUUAAAAAGAAACACGAGUUGUUGGAAGAAGCCAGAAGAAAAGGGUUACCUUUUGCUCAGUGGGACGGUCCUACAGUUGUCUCAUGGUUGGAGCUGUGGCUAGGGAUGCCAGCAUGGUACGACUCCGCAGCAUGUCUUUUGGCCAACGUUAAAAAGCGGCGCUAUCAUGUCAGCCCCUGGUCGGACACCGAGAUCCGGGAGAGAGAGAUUGGCAUCAGCAACUCUCUGCACCGUCUCAAACUGCGCCUGGCCAUCCAGGAGAUGGUCUUCAGCUCACGUCAGCCCUUCGGCUCCCCUACGUCUAGAACCAAGCUCAACUACGACAGGAAGGAGGCUGGAGAGACGCAUUAG